AUGGGCGUGGAGUGGACGGGGGACCCUGCAGGGGUGAUUGUAGCGGAGGACGGGGGCACGCUACGCUGGAUCGACCUAAACCCCUUUGGCCGCACCUCGCGCAUGUCAUGCAACACCAACAUCACAGGCGGACAGGGGACAAUGUGGGACGUGCACUGCCAGCCUGGCGGCGGCUGGAUCGCCUAUGCAAGCGCAGACGGCGAAGUUGCUGUUGUGCGGUUGGAGCGAGACUUGGCCUCACAGCGUCACAGCGUCCUUGCUGGCUUCCGGUGGGAGGCUGGUUUGCUCACAGUGCUCGACAGAGCAGACUUGGCAGUUGGCAGCAGGCUGAGGGCUGGCAGCAGCAAGCAGCCGCGGGUGAGCGUACCUCAGGAGGCCGUACACAGAGUGCGAUGGAGCUGCGCACCGGCUCAACCAGAGGACUUCUCCUGA